AGUUCAAUCCAAUUUAUUUCAGGAUGUAACGAAGAUUUCUAAUCCCAAUUUCGAAAGAUCAAAACUUGUUUAGCUCUUCUGCUCUGCCGGAACAAGAUUAAACUCUGGACGCCAUGACGGUGUUGCCAGCGCGCGUGCUGUCGCUGACAGUCUUGCUGGCGGUGACAGCUUUCGCUGACAGCGAUGCAGAUGUGACGGCUCCCACACGCUCUCUGGAGGAGGCCCAGUCUGAGAGUCCGGGCAUGGCGGUUGCCCGGGCGGCGGAGGUGAAGGCGGUGGGUUGGGUCAUGAGUCGCAUGACGCAGGACUUCGGGUGGGGCGAGGACACGGCGCACACGGUGCUCGCCCUCGCCCUGGCCAACGCAUCCUGGAUACUCGACCCCAGCAACCUGGAGGCGCAGCUUGUCACCAAGCAGUUCGAGCUGGAGCUCGUGCUGCGGCUUUGGAGACAUCACGAGGUGCCCCUCACUACAGGCCACCUCGCCCUCAACAUCAUGACGCUCGUCGCGCUCUGCCGGGACCCCCGGGCCUUCCACUCUAAGGAUCUUGUCAGUCUGCUGGAGCACCAGGACGGGAUAGUGGACUUCGAGGUUGCGUUCGGGCAGCUGGCGGUGUGCAGCGCAGGCAGGAAGGUGCGCAAGCGCAGUAUACGCACCCUCCUAAGCAUCAUCGCGGACCAGCGUAAAAUACACUCAAUCGACACGUUGUCAGUGACAUUGCUGGCGCUUCACUGCGCGCAGAAGCGACGUCAUCACGACCUGCUGGCCUACACCGAGCAAGCCAUCGAUGUCCUGCUCAAGGCACAAGCGCAGGACGGUUCUUUUGGAGGAAACUUGCACACGACUGCACUUGCUUUGCAGGCGCUGCUGGCGAGUGACUUAGGAGGUUCAUGGAAUGCCACCCUGGCGCAGGAAUACCUGAUGAGUCACCAGAGGGCGGACGGAUCCUUCGGUGGGCUGUUCGACACAAAUGCCGUCCUGCCUCUGUUGGUGGGGAGGACAUUGCUGGGGGUGGGGGACCAGCCCUGCCUCAUGCAGCCCCACUACCCACGCCAUCGCACACCCAACCCACUUUACACAGACGAAAUUAACGAGGUGGAGUUUGAUGAAGGUGAGAUGGCAGCCGGUGUCGUCUACGAGAGGUUCACCGUCGAGCCUGCCACGUCCGUGAUACCUCCACCUCCGCCCACCAUGAUAAACGUGACGUACAUCAUCUGGAUCGGCAACUCGGCGCAGCAGAGCUUCAACCUCACGCUCAGCGUGCCCGUGAACACAUCCUUCUUCUCCAUCAUGAAGACGGCUGCUGAGGCCGACCCAAGAUUCGAGUUCUCGGCUAGCCGUUGGGCGAACGGUUAUUACAUCCACACGAUCUCGGGGCAGCGGGAGCAGAAGGUAGGGUACUGGUUCUGGCUGCUCUACAGGCUCACGGUCCCGCCCGUCCCGGGCACCAAACCGGACAACAAGUUCGUCGUUGGCACGGGUGUUCAAGAGACGUUCCCAAGCGACGGCGACUACAUGCUCUUCUGGUAUCACAAAAUAUGAAGAGACCAUCACGGAAGAUUUGUGUUUCGCCAGGAAGCAAAAACAUUUCUGCCGUUUAUUGAGAGCGAAUAACUUUGGUAAAAUGGAGCACUGAGGUCAAAAAGAGAGUAUUGGCAUAUGAUUGCGAUAUUUAUUCAUUCAAGAGAUUAAAUUGUCAUAGCAUUGUGAUACGUAAGUCAUUGUAAUUCUCUUUUGCUUUAUUUCAUUAUUUUAUUCAAUUGAUGUUAGGCGAAUCUUAACAAUCCAUUCAUUAAGUUUAUGUAAUGGAUCACUUAUUUCAUGUAGCAUUUUGCAAUGAUUUAACUGAAAUUUUGGCUGUUACUGGUUCGACAUCAUAGCAAUUUUAAGAUAUGUUCGAAGCGCUUAAUUACGCUUCAAGUGAUCUUGCUACAAAUUAUCCAUCCAUUGUCGAUUCCAAAGACUGUGAUUUAUGUAGUAGGUUUCACUUUCAUAAAAGACAUUUUUUUUACAAUUUUCAGGCAUUUUAAAACUGCCGAAAGAUGCAAGUUGACUUAUUCAUUGCUGAAAAUCCUACUGCAAGUUUAUUUAAUGUUACUGGAAAGAAACUUAUUUAGUAUGAAAACGUUUUCGUUAAUCUUGCAUCGCCACCGAAUAUAUCUUUUAAGGGUCACUUAGAGAUCUGAGUUGAAAUGUGUUCCAUGUUUAGCUGAUAAUGUGUAUGUCACUAAUGAAUAUUUGUAGCUUGUUGCAUGUCUUGUUAUUGAUAUGAUAAAAGUCUCUUCGCGUGCUAAUGGUUAUGUCUUUGUGUACGUGUUAUCUUCAGGCAUCUUCUAGGAUAAUGAUGUUUGAAGCCUGUGUUAAUUUUCAUAUUCCAUGAGAACUUAGAGUAAUUUCAUAAGUUAUGAUGCACCUAGUUUGUAUCUUGAUUUUCAGUGAUUGAAAUUAACGGAACAGUGAGUUUAGAGUCUUGCGUUGAUGUUCCUUUAAAUAAAUUAUAUUCUUCAGUAGUGAGAUAUUCGCUACAGUUCGCUACUGCGGAUCGGCGGAUCGAAGGAAUUCUAUCUUUGAUUGACCACGUAGCUACAAGUGGAGAAUUGUUAUUUUAAAUUUAAUUAUGAUCUAUUCCAAGCAUAUUCAUUUACUAAGUAUAAAGUGCCAUGCUACGCAUGUGUGAAAAAUCAUAAUGAGUUAACAAUAAAAUAAUCUUAGACCGAACA